AUGUCUUUCGCACAGACCACGACAUUACCAUCCAUUUCACAUUUGCUCAACGGCCAUCCAUCAUCUUCACCGCCUUUGCCACCACGUUUGCAGACAACACCAGCUUUCAAUCUAUCACCUGCGUCGCCUGUUUCAUCUCAUCCACCAUCAUCACCACCAUCGCUUAUUAGCAGUAUCCAUUCACCUCAAAGUAGUAAUAAUGAUUUGUUACAUCCUUUGUCGGUGAAUGGUAGUUCACCGCUAUUGUCACCGGUAGACUCGUGCAAAUCGCCGCUCACAGCAAAUGCCUCGCUGUCACCACGUUCUAUGCCAGCAGCUUCGGUUUCAGUGGUUGAUGAUUUACCACCAUUACAAGGCUAUGAUCCUCCCGUGCGUAAAUUUUCAUCAUCCAAUACGCUUCAUCCACCAACCCAAAUUGCCCCAUGGAGUUCUCGAGAUCAUAUCCAUAAUACCAACACCACCACAUUACAUGUUUCUCCUCCACCAGCUUCACCUGUUAUGAACACAACAUCAUCAUCUCGGAAUAAUAGUAUUGCUAGCAGCAGCAGUAAUAGCAAUACGUUAUCUUUACCAUCACCUGCCAUGUCACCUUGCCAAGAGAAAAAACAGCCAAGCAGAUCUAUGCGUCAACAACAGCAACAACAACAAUCAAGCACUCCCGCGCCACCAUCUACCCAAAUCAUCAUAUCCCCGACUGGGCAACCUAUCCUUAAACGCCGGCGAGGACGACCACCAAGUAAUCGAGAGCCACAACAAGAAGGUGGUUGGACCUUUUUGACACCAACGGUGUGGGAUGUCAAGCAAACGGCCACCCCUGUCAUAGGCACAUGUGCAUCAAAUGUAUCUUCUUCUACUACUACAACCCCAUCAUCAUCUUCUACAAAUGGCACAUUGCCAUCAGCAGGCGAGAAUAACGAUAUGCAAGGAUCCAUGGCUGCAUUUACUAGUUCAACAAUGGAAACCGUAUUGCAGAUGCCAAGAAAGAAACGAGGACGUAAACCUAAAACACACAUUGAAGGAAACUCAUGCUUUGUGUGGAGGGAUCUUCCAUGCACGAGAUCGCCAUCCCGCUCUUCCAAAAAGAUCAAGCGCUCAGACUGA